AUCUUACUUCAAGUACAAAAAUAUUUGUAAUUUCAAGCAACGCAAAUAAAUUUAGAAUUAUAAAUUCAUAUUUAAAUGACUUACAGUAAUAAAAGAUUGAGCAAAAUUUAUCAUUUAACAUGUUACAUAGCACUUACAUUGCUGUUAUUUCGUUAUUGACAGAAGGUAACGGACAAUAUAACUAUUUCAUUACAUAAUUACAUAACGUAAACAAGAGACAAUUAUAUAAUCUCAAUAUAAAUCGGGUAUAACAACUGUUACAUUGCGUGUUAUUCCUACGUUAUAUAACAUUUAUAUUCGGUGUUCGCUGGGUGCCUUUUAUUCCGCGUUUCCGAAAACGAAGGCUCGCGCGUUCGUGCCAAGUAUGAAUCGAGACGAAUCGUCGUGAGAAGAAUCUUGGAUCCUUCGUGUCGCUCAGAAGACAAACGCUCGGUUAGGAUAGCACGAAGUCGCGUCGCGUGUGUUCAAUCGCGUCUUCUCCGUUGCUCCGUAUCCCGUAUCUCGAGUUUUCGACGGGCGUGAGUACCGGGGGUGCCGAAAACGAACCAAGUGUCGCGCGUUUGUGCCAAGUAUGAAUCGAGAGGAGGAGGAUCUUGGAUCUUUGAAAGCGGCGGCUGAGACUACGAGACGGAGCUGGACGGAGCGAUCAACGAACGCGAUCGUUCGUGUCGCUUCCUCUGUGAAUUUCGAGCUGCCCAGCCGCUUUCAACAAUCGUCGCUCCAGCUGGCUAGAGUAAAUUGCCAUCCUAGAGUAGCUCCGGGCGCUAAGUCAUGGACUAGGCUCUCAACGUAAUGUGGUCCUAACCGCCGCCAGUCACCUACAGACAGCUUUAACGCGAUAAUGGACGAUGGGCCUGACCUAGGCUGUGCACCGGCCGUGACCUUCGUUGCGGAUGGAGGCCGGUUCGUCGCUCGCACACAUGACGAUACUUCCGUAUGUCGCGGCGGAGAUGUGCGUCAGACUCCUGCAGAACAGGGCGGAAACUCGGAUAAUGCGGAGGAGACCGGGACACAUUUCGCUUUGGAACGCGAUCACGGGGGAAUUCGAGCAACUCGAGGCGUUAAGAUCGAACAACACCGCUUUCUGUAGUGUCAACGUGGUGAACGACUUGCGUGGGAAGACCCUCGUUGUCGCCACAGAUUUAAUGCAUCCAUACAUCAUCAUAAAUGUAAACGAGAGCGGAGUCACGGGAUUCAUAGGGGACAUUUGGACGAUUUUAGAAGAAACUUUGAAAUUCAAGACGAUUUACCAAAGAGCGAGACAUACGACCGUCGCAACGCUGAUGAAUGGAGAUACUCACGCACUGCUGAUCGCCAUGGCGAUGUAUAUAUACCCAUCGAGCCAUUUCGCCUACAGCGUGCCGUUCACGACCAACUCAUACUCUCUAUUUGUCCAGUCGGACGGUGCGAUUGAUAUGAAGUGGUGGUACGUUAAUAUCUUCAGCCGCAGCUUAUGGCUGGUAUUUUUCACAUCCAUCGUAUGUAUCGCAUGCAGCAUCGUGGGAAUAUACCGUAUAAAGAAAUUCGUGCAUGUUAACUAUGCGGAGUGCGAUGACGAGCUUUCCUCGCUAUCUUUCAAUCUUCUUUACGUUUUGGGUGGUCAAGGAUUUCAGAAAGUGCCAAGAAGCUUCUCUCUCCGAUUAAUAAUCUUGUCUUCUCUGAUAAUGGGAAUGUUGGUAUCAUGCGGAUUCAGCAGUACUCUUACUUCUUGCCUGGCGAAUAAAGGAAACUCCGUUUCCUUAACUAAUCUUAACGACGUGGUGAUGAAAAGGACACACUCGCUUUGUAUUAGGAACGACAGCACCGCAUAUGUCCACUUUACAGUGGAUGGAUCACCGGAAGGCGACCUUCAGGAUGAGUGGAACGAAUUGCUGAACUAUGACUGUCCCGAUAUGAGGGACAGGGAGGCUGUCGCUUCAAAUUUAUGCCGUCCGGGUUUCGCCUAUUUCGAAGCACCGGCCGUAUUUCUACCGAUCUAUCGUAAAGUUCAGCAUGAGUGUGACAUCGUACAAUUGCCUGAUAACUAUUGGAGUGUCAGAUUGGCGUUUCUGCACGCCAGAGCGUCGCAAUAUCGUAAACUCCUUGACAAUUACUUGAUGCGUAUGCGUUCGGCUGGAAUAUUGAAUUUUCUUGAGAAGAAGUGGAUCUCACAGCAAACUUACAGUCACUCUGAUUAUCUUCAAUCAAACAGCUUCCAACCUGUCGAAUAUAUGCACGUUCGCUUAACUACCGGACUGUUCUACAUAAUGAUGAUUAUUAGUGCACUCAUCUGCAUUUUCGAAAAUAUAUGGUACAAAUUACAACAUAUGCGAAAAUUAAAGAAUUCUAACUCAAUAUUAUUGGGAAUACAUGACAACAACUUGAGUUUAAUGGAGAAGCGUUAUAAAAUAAGAUCGCGACUUGAGCAGCGUCGGAAGCUUAGCUGGAUAUUGUCUGAAAGUUUAAAAAAUCCAGAAUUUCUUCAAAAUGUCAAAAUACGAAUUAAUCGAUGGUAAAUGUAGGACUUGCGGCUAUAAGAUAUGCAGCCAUAAAUAUAUGAGAAUGUCGAAAUUAAUCUUUUUUACGUUUUCAGAAAACAAGGUAAACUAGAGAUUAGUGUCUCGUUUAGUGUUUUAAAGGUUAUAUACGAUCGAAACGUUAUAUUCACUGUUUGCCAUAUUAAAUAUUUUUUUGCACUGUCUUAAUUCAACUUGAAAAAAAUCUUUAAAAAAAAUAAUUUGAUCUUAAAAUUUAGAAAUCUUCAGAUUUCAAAGAGAAUGUUGAAACAGGGUGUUUACUCAAAUUUUGUAAAAAAAUUCCUUAAAAAUUCCCAGGAAUUUUAUUCAAAAUUCCAAGCAAAAUUGCAAAGUCUUUUAAUGCAGCAAUAAAUUUGAAAUAAAUUUCUUUUUUCAUACGCAGCUUUUAACAUUCCUUUAAUUGUACAAACACAAACAAGUUUUAAAAAUUAAAUUUGAGUACUAGAAACACAUAACAAUGAACUAAGAAAAAGUAUAUACGUAUGUAUAAUCAUCUGUCCGCAACACGAAUCAAAUUCAUUAAAAGUGCAGAUGUAUGAAAAUGGAUAUAUAUGUUAUAAUUAUUACUAAUCGAUUGUCGACAUUUUACAUUAUCAAGAAAUGAGCAAAGAAGCAAUUUUGUUAAAAAGAGAGAUAGAAUUUAAAAAUUAAAAGUAAAAUUUUAAAAAUUUUACUAAACUACCAAUAAAUCCUAUAAAAAUUCAUGAUUUUCAAAAGUGAAAAAAGAAGCUCUGAAAAAGGUUUUAUUUUUGCUCCCGAUAAACACCCUGUUGUAAUACGUUAAUAAAUAUUACAUCACACCGACUUUGAUAAAAGAAAAAAAUGCAAAGAAUAUAAUUAGAGCAUAAUAUCAGCAGUGAGCGUAAGAGCUUUGCUCCGUUUCUUUAAUUUUGAUUUAAUAAUAAUAAUAAUAUUUAUAAGCAUAGUACAUAAUAUACAAUACAGAAAAAUAAUCAUGGCGAACAUCGUCAUUGACCAAUACAUUUUUUUCUGCGUUACGCAAAACUACACGCAAAAUUGUAUUCUUCGAAUACAACUCGCAACAAUUAUAAUCGCAGAAACGAUGUUCCUCUCAUUGUUACAAGUUAUUCACAAUUAUAAACAAUGGACAUUUACAAAUGCAUUAUGCAUCGGCAUCAUAUAUUUAAGGCCUAUACGGAUCUUACAUCGUAAUUAAAGAAAUUUUGGCUUCUUUUUAUGUGGUGCUUUACCACUUAUGACCCUUGAAAAGGGGAAUGCGGAAGCGAGUGAGCGAGAAUAACAGUCUCAGCGAGGAAUCGUAGAUUCGAAUGCACCACGACACUUCUUCCUCGCUUCCGCAUUAUCGAUUCCUCGAUUUUUCAAACCUGACAAACUUAACGCUAAUACCCUAAGAUUUAAUUCUAGAUAUCCAACGGACCUUAGCAUCUCUCUAUCUUGCGAGACACCACACUUCCUCGCGCAUAAAAAUGUAUUAACGCGUUUGAUUAUUUUCUGUCCUAAGAUACUUUUCUCAGAGAGUCUGAUGAGUUAAAUUCCUUGCCUCUUUGUUAAAUAGGACAGAUAAAGAGAAAAAUGUAUUUAUGACGAUUGUGACCUCAGUACGUAAUGAUAGUAUGGGGGAAGGGGGUAUAUGGGCUCUUCUAGGAUUAACGUUACAAUAUUCUGACAAGUAUAACGCAUUUCAUUUAAUAUUUAACGGCGCAACUUAAGACGACGUUAAGCGUAAUCGUGUUUAAUUUUUUAAUAUCUUCUUUCCGCUCUGUUGCAAUCUUUAUACGAACGUCAUAAUAAUUACUGGGCUUGUAAAACCUUAAAUAAAUUUGUUAUGUGCAUGGAUAA